CGUCGUCGCGUCAGUUGCCAAUAUUCACUACACCGCCGUAGCAUCUGCUAGCCAAGUGGCUGGGCUAACACCGAGCGCAAACUAAUUGCACGGGAAAUUUAUUAAUCGUCGUAAAUCUAUUAUCAAUAUUGCCGCAAGAAGUGGAGCAUAAAUUGAAACAUACAAAAUGGUGAUCGAUAUUAAAAUGUGUCGCUUCGAGAACGUGUCUUGGGGCUUUCGUUUGGUCGGCGGUGCGGACUUCGAAUUUCCGCUGACGGUCGUUAAGGUCAAUGAGGGCAGCAUAGCCGAGGAGGCCGGUUUGUGUGAAGGUGACGUCAUUGUACGCAUUAACGACACAGCCACCUCGCCACUGACACACGAAGAGGCAGACAAAGUAAUUAGGCACUGUGGAAAUGUGUUCUACAUCGGUGUUCAACGUGAGGGCGAAGAGCAAUUGGUGCCGAAAAUGUUCCCUGUUUACGGAGCCGAGCGCCCCACAACGCCACUAACUUUCAUCGAUAUAAGUGGACGUAAGAGCCCGAUUCCUCCUCAACUGGAAGAUGAAGUGGAGCUGCGGACAGAGAUUUUACCCGAGCUUCCAGAACGACCGUCGUCGGUGCUUUCGGAAGAAACGGAAAUCAAGUUGGUGGAAGAAGAAAUCGCCGCAGUGCUUUCGGGUGAAUCAGAGGUCCUAACCGAGCAUAACGUCUUGGGCGUAAAUUUCUACAGACUUUUUCCCAAGCCUGGUGUCUGUAUGACCAGCGAUGUGUUGCGAACACUCAAUGAAGAUGCCACCAAAACAAGAGCUGAGAAAGAAAAGGAAAACAAAAAGUGGUCAACGUUUCUGGUAAAGCCUGAUCGUCCCAUACCGAAGAGCAAGGAACAAAUCGAGGCUGAGCGCAGAGCCGCCAAUGCAUACAAGGUUAAGAUAGUUAAAUCAGCCCCAAGAUCGCGUUCAGUAUCACCGAUGCCCCAGCCAAUCGUACCACCAACAGAACCAGUUGAACCGACAGUGCCAGUUGAAAGUAAGCAACCGUCACCACCAAAAGUUGAGGAAAUUGAAGAACCUCCACCAACUGACAGCGAAUUGCCUAAUUUGGAAGAAGUAAAAAUUAUAGUCGAACCACCAGCUGAGGACAAAGAGGGUGAACAAGUAGACACGGUUGACAAAAUAAUAUUGGCUGGCGAAAACCAAGCAGAAAACGGAGAAGAGGGUCAAAGCAAUAACGAAGAAAUAUCGUCCACAAAGGAGACGACACCAAUAUUGGUAGAGAAACUUGAAGAGUCUACAACAGCAAAUGAUACUACAGCUGCGCCAGAAGUUUCUACCGAACCUAAAAACUCCAUACCACAACGUGAAAAAACCGAAGAGGAACUAGCUUUGGAACGUCAACUCGCCGACGUGCAACGCCAAUUGGCCGCACUUUCUUCCCUUCCCUCCACCAUACAAUCCACACUCGACGCAGUCACAAAGCAGUUGGCAACACUUCUGCCAGCGUUCCAGUUACAGACCGGAUCUCAGCCAUCGCCAACUCCCGUUCCAGCUUUAGCUGAGACGCGCUCAAUUAAUCUAGAAAAGAUAGAUGAAGACGCUGAAGUGAAUAAAGCGGAAGGCGAAACAAAAGAGCUGGACUCAAGUCGCGAACAGGAUGGUUCAGUUACUGAGAAUGUUACUGCGGUUGCAGAGGAGGUCACAGAAAGCAUUGCAACUGAUGCGCCAACUUUGGACGCAGCGAAGCUUCAGGAGGCAAAACAAAAUAAGGAAGAUACACAGCAAAUGGAGGAGGAACAGAAUGCAAAGAAACAAAAGCGCAACGAUGUGAUCGAGGAACUCGAGGAGCAAUUGGAACGCAAAAACAAUCCACGUCGCUCGAAACGCGCCUUUGGCCCAUUGACACCAUCUUCCGAGCGUCCGCUUGUGUUACCCGGCGGCAGGCGUUGGUAUCGACCCAAGGAUGCCUACAACGACGAGUUCAUAGCGGAAACCCUGAGUGCGCAAGCGGAACUCAUAACUGGCACCACAUUGGGAGUCAACUUCAUGAAGUAUCAAAAGCCUGAAAAGAAAAUCGACUUGAAUAGAAGUGAAGUUUACAAAGUAAUUCAUCACUUGGACCGACAGCCAGUGCGCGGCAUUGAAGUUCGGCCACCCGUGGUGCCGGCUGAAGUGGAUAUAAGAAAGGUGGCGCUGCAGCCGUAACCUGUCGCACGGAACGGCGGAACUGCGGCGCAAAUGUACGCAUGCUAAUAUCAAAACCAUGUUACCGCUAAACUCAACAACUGCGGCGGGCGGCACAAGGGAUCCGCAAGCCACAAGCUGAUGCGCCGACCAACCAGCCGCCGCUUCGCCGCCACAUUCACGACCACCAUCACCACAAAUAUAGUGUACACGACUGGAAACCUCAAAUACCGAGAUGCCUUUGCGUCCUGCGUCAAUGCAGAUUUCAAAUUUAGCUUUUAUGUAGACUUGCCAACUACAGGCAUUACAUACAUAUAUGUACACAUAUUUAAUGUUUUUAUGUAAAUUUUUCCCGAUUUUAAUUCAUUUCCCAUUCGCCUGUGACAAACCAAAGUAAGCAGCGUUGCAAUAAAUCAAAAUUACAUACAUAUUCA